AUGUUAGUUUGCACGCGUGUUACAAUUGAAUUUGAAUUUGAUCAUCUUGAUAUGAGUAGCAGGCGAUACGUAGGGCUAGAUAGCAGUCAACAAGCCUCAUCAAGGUGUAACGAUCAUAAUGAGCUACGAAAUAUGACCGGUGACCAGGCGGAAAAGUUAAGUCAGUACUUUUAUGAAACCAUGGUGGAUGAAAUAACUUUGGGCACCUGCUACGAUGUUGAUAGAUCAGUACAACUUGGCUAUUUCAAUAUUUUAGACUGCAUGCCAAUAAGCAAAGAUGACGAAAUCAGUGAUUCUGUUCGAGGUGACAUAUUCAGUGAAAUCACGGAAGGUGCUAGAAAUAAAUCCUUGGAAGUUAGUUGUCCGGAAUGCCAAAGAACAAUUACUGCCUCGCGAUUUGCCCCACAUCUAGAAAAAUGUUUGGGAAUGGGCAGAAUUAGUAGAAGAAUUGCCAGCAAAAAGUUGAAUGAUUACUCAGAAGAUAAAUGCGAUUACAGUGACAAUGACGAUGGGGAUACAGACUGGAAAGCCGCCAAAGAGCGAAAAGCUAAGCGAUUACGGCGAGAUAAAUCAGGACGCUCCAGUAAUAAGAAUAAACCUAGCAAAAAUAAAGGAAAUUUAAGUAACGUUAAGAAAGUCAUUAAAGAUGGCAAUUUUGAAGUAGAAAAAGACAAGAAACAACUUAGUCUGGACAGUUACUCUGCUAUGUCCAUAGUUGACCGAGAAGAAUUUUUAAACAAGUAUUGUGGUGUAAUUUCUGAACAUACAGGCCGUAUCUGUAUUAAGACAUUGAGAUGUCCACAACAUACUGAAGAACAGCGGUCAAGUGUAAGAGAUAAAGUUUUUGGAUCGACAGGUAUGAGUAGUAGCAGUAGCUCAAUGGUAAUGAGUUCCAGUGAUAUGAAUGGAAGGUUAAAUAAUGAACAAGAUGAUAUUCAUAUCGUAGAUAUAGUGAAUGAUGAUCGUUAUGCCGGCAAUGAAAUUAAUGGCCGACUAUCUUCAAAGAACUCAUUAAGCUGA